AUGGCCUGGGGUGUUGUCAAGCUACAUACCUAUGUGGUGUCUGGUGGGUCUCGCGGCCUGCCUGUCCUUGUCCUGCCUUGUGCUCCACGAUGCGGUUCCGAUUUGCCUGAAUGGUUCGUCCUGGCUUGGAUGCCGCUGUCUGCAGAUGCAAUGCGCAAAUGGUUGGUGUACAGCGGAUGGACAAGUGGGCCCAAAAGAGUUGGUCCAAUGCCGAGCCGCGAGCCAGUAAACAAACAUGCUGGUCUGAUGGCACAGCUUUCCCACGAUGCAUUGCAAGUCUGGCUGGAACCAACAAAACCAGCAAAACCAGCAAAACCAGCAAAACCAGGACCAGACUGGAUCAAACCAGCUGUUCCCCCGCCGGACGCUUCCCGCGCACCACAUGGGCAAUGGGUCGCGACUCGCCAUGAUCAAUCCUACGCGGCUACGACGCACGCCUCCCGUCUGUGUCUGGGUGCUGUGCUCUGCAACGUUGUUGCUGGCGUCAAGAUUCGGCGUCAAGCUUAG